ACGGCGCGGCGCUUCCGCGAUGAUGGCGCCGUGAGGGUCGCUGCGCCGGGGCGGGAUCGGGGCCGGGGCCGGGGCCGGGGGCCGGGGGCGGGCCUCCCGCGCCGCCCCCCAUGUGGCUGCAGCAGCGGCUGAAGGGGCUGCCGGGGCUGCUCUCCAGCAGCUGGGCGCGGCGGCUGCUGCUGCUGCUGGCGCUGCUGCUGGCGGCCUGCUGGUACCUGGGGGCGGGCCGGGCGCGGCGGGGCACGGGGCGGGGGGCCGGGCGGGGGGCCGAGCCCCGCGGCGCCGCCGCCCUCUGCCUGCAGGUGGCCACGGGCGCCUGGCGGGCGCAGGCCGAGCGCGGCGAUGCGCUGCCGCUGCCCGAGGAUGCGGCCGGGGGCGGCGCGGGGCCGGCGCUGGCGGGUAACGGCUUCCUGCUGCUGGACGCGGCCGCCGGCCGCCUCUGGGUGUCGGCGGCGGGGGCGGGCGGCCCGGCGCUGGCCACCGAGUACCCGGCGCUGGUGCGGCUGAGGGCGCUGGGCGGGCGCGGCGAGGCGCGGGCGGCGCUGGCGGCGCUGCGGGACGGCGCCGUGUGGCGGGUGCGCUGCGUGCAGACGGGGGCCGGGGCGGGCGCCGGCGAGUGCGUGACGGUGCGGGAGGAGGUGGUGGCGCACCGCAGCCGGCCGCACCUUUACCUGCAGCGCAUCCGCAUCGCCAACCCCACCGAGCGCGUGGCUGCCUUCGAGGCCUCGGCCCCGGCCCCUGCCGUCUCGCCGGGCGGCCGCUUUGCCACCAGCCUGGAGAAGGUGGAGGACCGGCAGUUCCUGCUCUCCUCCGGCCGCCUGCUGCUGGCCGGCAGCCCCAAGGUGGUGCUCAUGGUGGUGGCUGCCAAGAAGCUCGUGAGCCGGGUGCAGGUCGCGCCCAAAUCCCACUUUGAUGAGACCGUGCUCUCUGUGGUGUACACCUCGGAGCCCAUCGAGGUCUCUCGGCUGGAGGAGACCUUCAGCAAGCUGAGGGAGUCGGCCAGGAAGGAGAUGCUGGAGGUGAUGCAGAUGCGGGUGGAAGAUCUCUUCCAGGAGCACCAACAGACCUGGUCUGACCUCUUCAUUUCAGGGAUUGAAAUGAGAAAGAUCACAGAUUUGCAUACACCGUCCAGUGAGACCGUUAACAUGACGCUCUACUAUGUGCUGUCAAGCAUGCCAGCCCCUCUGCUAGAUCCACUCAUUACUGGGGAGGACAGAGAAAAAAUGGAAGCCAGCCUGAACUAUGCUGACCACUGCUUCAGUGGCCACGCAACCAUGCACGCAGAGAACCUGUGGCCAGCAAAGCUGACCAGUGUCACCCAGAUCUUGCAGCUCUCAGACCUGUGGAAGCUAACUCUCCAGAAACGAGGAUGCAAGGGUCUUGUGGCAGCUGGAGUCCAUGGACUUAUGCAGGGAAUGGUGCUUAGUUUUGGGGGUCUGCAGUUCACGGAAAACCAUCUUCAGUUUCAGGCUGACCCUGAGGUACUUCACAACAGCUAUUCCUUACGUGGGAUCCAUUACAAUAAGGACUUGAUUAAUCUAGCUGUUCUGCUGGAUGCUGAAGGAAAGCCCUUCUUGCACGUGUCUGUGAAAUUCCAAGACAAGCCAGUUAAACUAUACGCAUGUGAGGCGGGCUGUAUGAAUGAGCCUGUGGAGCUGACCUCAGAGGCACGAGGUCAUACGUUCCCUGUCAUGGUGACUCAACCCAUCACACCACUGCUUUAUAUAUCAACAGAUUUGAUCCACUUGCAGGACCUGAGACACACGCUCCAUCUAAAAUCUAUUCUGGCUCAUGAGGAACACAUGGCCAAGCAAUACCCAGGCUUACCCUUCCUGUUCUGGUUCAGCGUGGCCUCCUUGAUCACAUUGUUUCACUUGUUUCUGUUCAAACUCAUCUACAAUGAAUAUUGUGGGCCAGGAGCCAAGCCGCUUUUCAGGAGUAAGGUAUAAGGCUGCUGCUGUCCACCAGAUGUUGUCAACCUGAUUUUCUGUCAGCUGUGCCUAGGGAGGUUCUGUCUUGGACUGUGAGGAUUUUCAAUCUCUCUUGAAACAAGUGAUCUGUGACCUUUUCUUGCAAGAAGUAGGAUUAGGGCAGGGAUUGGAGCAAUAGGGCUCACGAACAUUAGAAAAGAUAAAUCCAUCAUCUAUCCUUAAACAUUUGUAAGGCUGCAGAUCAAGGCAGAGCUUUUCUGUCCUUUUUCCACACACUGGUAUAGGACAUAGCUUGUUUUUAAGCCAACAGUUGCAGCUGUGUCACAAGAGGAUGUUUCUUGUUAUGCAGUACUGGAAUGCUUGUGAGAGAGCUGCUAUACUUGUCUUUACUACUGUGUGGGAGAUGUGUGCCCUUGUCCGCCUGGUCUGAAUGUGUGGCAUGUCAUACAAGAGCACACAAAUGCAAGCUGGUGUUCUUAGGUGAAGGUGCUGACUUGUUGGGACUACUGGUAGAUGUUCAUAGAUCUAUAGACACUGUGCAGCCCUCAGUCAAACCACGUUUCCCACUGUCGUUUUGGGAAGGCGCUGAGUUAGUGUUUCUCCCAUUCAGACAAAAUACAUAGCCGCACUAAGAAAAGUACUGAGUGCUUUCUACUGUGAGUUGGAGGUUCUGAGUUCAAGCUCUACUGCAUCUCACUUUGUAAAGAAUUUAAGAUUCUUGUUUUGAGCUGCCUUAGAAAACUUAGUUGCUAGUAAAAACUUAGAACAGAAUAGACAGUAGAUCUAAGUACUAAGAGAUCUAAAACUAAGUACUAAGUAGAUCUAAAACUAAGAGAUUUCUGCUCUUAGUACUGGUACUUUCUGGUUGCGUGUUGAUAUGGAGUGGAAAUGAAAGGCAAGACUGGAUUUGCUGUGUGCACUAGCCAUGUCGUUCAGAGGCAUCCCUCCUUAGGGCUGAAUGGAGUCAAAUGUAGCUUGUAAUUGUUGUUGGGUUUUUUUGAAAAAAGGACAUAGUUACAUAGAGUUGACAGAGGAAAAGUUCUAGCUUUAGAUUGCCCUGUUUCUCCAAAUUACAAAAGCAAAUUGAAUUUUGGAUAGCUAAGGUUGGACAGAAUGUACUGGACUAAACCUGAUGGUACCUAAGAGGCAUUUAAACAGUCAGCGAUUUUCCUCUCAGCUCACUGGCUUUGUAAUGUUGAGCACUGUAGAUCAGGGCCACCUGAUCCCAAGCAGUUCUGAAUACCUGUCAUCUGUUUAAAGAAUAUGAGUGGAAGGUGCUUGUGGCUAGACAGACUAACCUAGGAAAAGAUAGGAUAGACAUGGAUAUCAAAGACAACUGCAGUCAUAAGCCUAUGAUCAUGAUCAAAACCUUGGUGCAAAAGGAGGAAGCAGUCAGGAAGUAAUUUUAAUUAUUGUGUACAGCUUUGCCCUGACAUGCAUCAUGAAAUGUGUCCUUGAAAUAGAAAAUUACGUCCUUUUUCACUGCUGUCUGGUUGCCUUUGUCAUCUACAAGACUUGCCUUCUGCCUUUUACAAAAUGACUUGUUAACCAUUACUACAGGUAACUGUCCCUGACACUGUUGCUGAAUUCCUGAGAAGCUUCACAGCUACACACCAGGGCUGAUGUAACACCUCUUCCUUCCUGAUACUGCAAAAAGCCCUGCAGUGUACAGCAAACAAGUCUCUUGCCUUGUCUUAGUUGGACCUACUUAAAAUGAAGAUAAUGCAGAACUUGAUUCCAGAAAAAGGGAUGAAGUGGAAGCCAGCUGAAGCUCAAAAUCUCUAGCCAGUAAGGGAGAUCAAUGGGGUUGAAAUAACACUGUUCCAUUAACUGAGUGGGAACAUCCCAGUGUCCAAGUGAACUUAGUCCUGCUUUCAGCCUCAGUUUGCACAACACAUCUGACAAUUUUGCAGCUGAGAACAAGGACCUUUUGAAAGCAACAAUCCUUUUGUGCCUUGUUAAGAAAGGAAUCUGAGACUUGGAAGGUGUGGUUAUUUGAGAGUUUGUUCCAGAAGCUUGUGUAACAGAUGUUUCUUUUUCCUGUAAGCUGUUCAGUUCCCUAAGAGUAAUCCAUUUGGUGAAAAUACUUGAAGAUAAACUGAGUCCUUUGAUGAUUAUUUUUUAUUAUUAUUAUUUUACAGGAAAAUAAAGAAUGACGAUUCCCUUUAGAGAGUUAACUUAACUAGAAAACUUUAGUGUAACUUCCUUUCUGGUAAACAUGUUUUAAUUUAUUGCUUGGGGGGAGGGGGAGGAUGUUAAUAAUUUUGCCUCCAUUUCAGUAAUAAGCCAGUCAAUUUAACCGUGGAUUGCUAAGUGCUGGUAACAGAUUUUUCAGCCUUUAUGAUUGUAGAGCACAAAACUGAUUUAUUGAAAUUGUCUUCUGGAUUUACACUUGGAAAUGUCAAUCUGCAGGUUUCCUAUCCUAAGCAUAUUGAGACUUUGUGCAUUGAUUUGUUUUGGCUGUGGGGGGAGACAUCCCACUUUCUAGUGAUUUAAAGGUCAUUUGGUUUUAAAAUACCAAAGCUGUUGUUUCUAAAUAAAUAUCUUUCAGUCUAAUCUGA